UCAAACUGCCAGUAACGAACACUUGAUGUUGGUGCAAGCUUCAGGCGCCAAUUCAACACACCCUGUUCGUGUUGAUGGAGUUCCCAAAACCUCCCUCCCAUUCGGAACUAUACGUCAAUCUUCUCCAAUCUGCCAUCAAAUCCAGAGACCCAUUCGUCGGAAGACCCAUUCACGCUCAAAUCAUCAAACACGGCCUCUGCAUUGGCAGUGUCUUCUUGAUGAACAACCUCCUCAACUUCUAUGCACAAACCGGCUCCUUCUCCGAUGCUCACCGAGUGUUCGAUGAAAUGCCACUAAAGACCACCCAUUCUUGGAACACCAUUCUCUCCGCUUAUGCCAAAGGGGGCCACAUGGAUACUGCACGCCGCGUGUUUGACGAAAUUCCUCAACCGGAUUCUGUGUCGUGGACCACGAUGAUUGUCGGGUAUAACCGCGUGGGCCUCUUUAACGUUGCCAUUCGGAUGUUUCUCAACAUGAUUUCCUCUGGAGUUUCGCCGACCCAGUUCACUUUUACUAAUGUUCUUGCCUCCUGUGCUGCAACUGAAGCAUUGGGUAUUGGUAGGAAGCUGCAUUCCUUCAUUGUGAAACUGGGGCAAGCCGGUGUUGUUCCAGUUGCGAAUUCGCUGCUUAACAUGUAUGCUAAGUCAGGUGAUUCGGUAAUGGCGAAUGUUGUUUUCGACCGGAUGAGGAUCAAAGAUAAAUCAACUUGGAAUAGUAUGAUUUCAAUGCAUAUGCAGUUUGGUCGACUUGACCUUGCAGCUGCCCUCUUUGACCAAAUGACUGAUCGAGAUACUGUCUCUUGGAAUUCCAUUAUCACAGGUUACAGCCGUCAGGGAUGUGACAUCGAGGCCUUGGAAACAUUUUCUAGUAUGCUUAGGAGUUCAUCCUUAAAGCCAGAUAAUUUUACACUGGGGAGUGUUCUGUCAGCUUGUGCCCAUCUUGAAAACUUGAAACUUGGGAAACAAAUCCAUGCAUAUAUUAUAAGAGCCAAUAUUGACAUCUCUGAGGCAGUACAAAAUGCGCUGAUCUCAAUGUAUGCAAAAUCAGGUGCUGUUGAGAUAGCUCUAAGGAUAGUAAAACUAACCGGUACUUCGAGUAUUAAUUUUAUAGCACUCACAUCACUGUUGGAUGGUUAUGUCAAAAUUGGGGAUGUAAUCCUGGCAAGAGAGAUAUUUGACUCAUUAAAACGUCGUGAUGUAGUUGUAUGGACUGCAAUGAUUGUAGGUUACACACAGAAUGGCUUAAUCAGUGAUGCUUUGGCGUUCUUUAGGACAAUGAUUGGAGAAGGACCAAAGCCGAACAGUCACACCCUGGCAGCGGUAUUAAGUGCCUUGGCUUCUCUAGAGCAUGGUAAGCAGCUUCAUGCAACUGCAAUAAGAUUGGGAGAAGUAUCAUCUGUUUCCGUGGGUAAUGCUUUAAUUACCAUGUACUCAAGAUCUGGAAGCAUCAAUGAUGCAAGAAAAGUAUUUGCACAGAUAUGCUCCAACAGGGAUACAGUGACUUGGGCUUCUAUGAUUAUUGCUCUUGCUCAACAUGGUCUUGGAAACGAGGCAAUAGAACUGUUUGAAAUGAUGCUAAAAUCUAACUUAAAGCCUGAUCACAUAACUUAUGUAGGUGUGCUGUCUGCCUGCACACAUGUGGGACUGGUAGAGCAGGGUAAAUAUUACUUUAAUUUGAUGAAAAUUGUUCAUCACAUUCAACCCACCCCUAGCCACUAUGCAUGCAUGGUUGACCUAUUUGGACGUGCUGGAUUGCUUGAAGAAGCAUAUAAUUUUAUAAGAAGUAUGCCUAUUGAACCAGAUGUUAUAGCUUGGGGUUCACUUUUGUCUUCUUGUAGGAGUCAUAAAAAUGUGGAUUUGGCUAAAGUGGCAGCUGAAAAUUUGCUUCUUAUUGAUCCUAACAAUAGUGGGGCUUACUCGGCGCUUGCUAAUACACUUUCAGCCUGUGGUAAGUGGGAGGAUGCUGCAAAGAUUAGGAAGUCAAUGAAAGACAGAGCAGUGAAGAAAGAACAAGGAGUCAGUUGGGUUCAAAUCCAGAACAAAGUCCAUAUUUUUGGGGCUGGAGAUGCACUUCACCCGCAAAGAGAUGCAAUCUACAGUAUGAUUUCGAAAGUAUGGAAGGAGAUAAAGAAAAUGGGCUACACUCCGGACACUGAUUCUGUAUUGCAUGACCUAGAGCAAGAAGUGAAGGAACAAAUCCUUAAACAUCAUAGUGAAAAACUCGCCAUUGCAUUUGCAUUAAUAAAUACUCCAAAAUAUACUACGCUGAGGAUCAUGAAGAACCUUAGAGUUUGUAAUGACUGCCAUUCCGCCAUAAAAUAUAUCUCUAUGCUUAUGGGAAGAGAAAUUAUAGUAAGAGAUGCCACGCGUUUUCAUCAUUUCAAGGAUGGUUUCUGUUCCUGUCAGGAUUACUGGUAGAAGAAACAAGUAAUGUACAUGUAUAUUCACCUGAGAAUAAUAUAAACACUGACAGGAGCAUAAAUUUGCCAUCACUUCCUAUCUGAGUUGACUUUUGACCUUAGGUUUGGCUUCAAAUGAAUGAGUACAAGAAUGUUUAUGAGUCCAUCAAUUGCUUUUAUGAACUCCUUUCUAUGUAUCUUGGAGAUGAAAUCCUAUGUUACCAAAUUGGACAUAUUCAAGAACUCUGGAUUUGAGCAUAUCACUUCAGAUAAUGCAGCCCUCUGCAAAGGUUACAACUGCUGUCCGUUCAUGUUUAUUUAUGCCCUAUAGUUGACUUUCGAUUUCUUUAGUUGCUAGUCUACUAGUGGUAGGCUCGAGGGGAAUUUGUUCUAUAAGGAGCGCAAGAGCAUUUUGGGGGCAUAAAAACAUGUAUUGCUGUCGGUGUGUUGAUUCUUUCUGUAAAGUAUACAAAGCGAUAAGCUGGAAAUGUACAACUUCUAUAUAAUACACACAUUUUAUCUUUAAUGUCAUUUUCACUCAAAUUUUCUUCCUAA